AGCUUCUUCACUCACUCACUCGUCACGCCAAUUGUGUUUUAUUCUCUGUCUUUGCCGUUUCUCUUCUCACUACACAUUUUUCAUCACUCUCUUUCUCUCUCUUACAUGCCGGAACUUACUCUCUCUCCGGAGAACAAAACAAAACCCUAAAACUUCGUGUCUGCACUGCAUUUAUCAGAUCUACAACUUCCAGCAUUCGAACUAUGCGUCAUUAGCUAUGUCCGAUUCCGAUCCCAAAACCCGACAACGUCCGGGACCGUGGCCGCCGGCGCCGUCACCGGACGCCAAGGCAUUGCCGCCAGCUUCCUGGGCCAAGAAAACCGGCUUCAAGCCCAAGUUCUCUGGCGAGGCCAAUGCCAACGAUUCGGGCCAGAUAAGCUUGCAGCCCAAGCCCAGAGAGCCCGACACUAACUUGGAUCUCGAAGCGGGUCGGGUUCGGGCACCGGUGAACGGCGUGGCCCACCGUGAGAAGGUUCCGCCACUUCCACCUGCUAAGGAUCAGGUAGCGAAGAAGCGCAAGGACUCCGAUGGAGUUCCGAAGAGUUCGGUUCCAAGUACCAAUGGCCAAGCAACGCCGGCGACGGCGGAGCAGCCGCCGCGCAGAACGGCGAGGCAUGAGGAAGUUGUGGAUGCUUUGCCACAGAGUGGGGAUGACGAUGGGUUCGUGUCAAGGCAUUCGCAUAUGAAGUAUGAGCUCAGAGAUUCGCCUGGUUUGGUUCCCAUUGGUGUAUACGGUAUUCAGCAUUAUGUUUCGAUAUUGGGGUCGUUGAUUCUGAUUCCGCUUGUCAUAGUUCCUGCGAUGGGUGGUUCUUAUGAGGAUACUUCUGCGGUGGUAUCAACUGUGCUCUUUGUUUCGGGAGUGACUACACUCUUGCAUACUAGUUUUGGGUCCAGGUUGCCCUUGAUACAAGGGCCUUCUUUUGUUUAUCUGGCUCCGGCUUUGGCGAUCAUCAAUUCCCCUGAGUUUCAAGGACUGAAUGGAAAUAAAUUCAAACAUAUAAUGAAGGAGCUGCAGGGGGCUAUAAUUAUUGGAUCAGCUUUUCAAACCUUCCUUGGUUACACCGGACUUAUGUCGCUGUUAGUAAGGUUGAUCAAUCCUGUGGUUGUAUCCCCAACUAUUGCUGCAGUUGGACUUUCAUUUUACAGUUAUGGUUUUCCGCUAGUUGGUACUUGUCUUGAGAUCGGUGCAGUACAGAUAUUAGUGGUUAUUGUUUUUUCUCUUUAUCUUCGUAAGAUAUCUGUUCUUGGGCACCGCAUAUUUCUAAUAUACGCAGUUCCUUUGGGUCUGGCAAUUACAUGGGCAAUUGCUUUCUUGUUGACUGAAGCUGGAGCCUACAACUACAAAGGGUGUGAUAUAAACAUACCUGCCUCAAAUAUGGUUUCAGAACACUGCAGGAAGCAUGUCUCAAGGAUGAAGCAUUGUCGAGUUGAUACUUCUCAUGCAUUGAAAUCAUCCCCAUGGUUUAGAUUUCCUUAUCCACUACAAUGGGGUACUCCAGUCUUUCACUGGAAAAUGGCUCUUGUGAUGUGCGUGGUUUCCUUAAUCUCAUCUGUGGAUUCGGUUGGCUCAUAUCAUGCAUCUUCGCUAUUGGUAGCAUCAAGACCUCCAACUCCAGGAGUUUUGAGUCGAGGAAUUGGUUUGGAAGGUAUAUGUAGUGUCUUGGCUGGUCUAUGGGGAACUGGAACAGGGUCUACAACUUUAACUGAAAAUGUUCACACAAUUGCCGUCACUAAAAUGGGAAGUCGCAGAGCAGUUCAAUUGGGUGCAUGCAUUCUGAUAGUGCUGUCUCUUGUGGGUAAGGUUGGAGGCUUCAUUGCUUCAAUUCCCCAAGUCAUGGUUGCUGGUCUCCUCUGCUUUAUGUGGGCUAUGCUUACAGCAUUAGGCUUGUCAAAUCUACGCUAUAGUGAGGCUGGAAGCUCUCGCAAUAUCAUCAUAAUUGGGUUAUCAUUGUUUUUCUCUCUUUCCAUACCUGCCUACUUUCAACAAUAUGGCAUCUCUCCAAAUUCCAACUUGUCAGUGCCAAGUUAUUUUCAACCUUACAUCGUGGCUUCUCAUGGACCUUUCCGCAGCAAAUAUGGAGGGGUACGCCUUGUGUCAUCUUUUAUUAUUGUGAAUCUUAUGCUUGAUUUUGUUGUGAAUCUGUUCCUUUUUCAGUUGAACUAUGUCCUGAACACAAUCUUUUCACUACACAUGGUGGUAGCUUUUCUUGUUGCUGUUAUCUUGGAUAAUACCGUGCCUGGCAGUAAGCAGGAACGUGGGGUAUAUGUUUGGUCCGAACCUGAGGUUGCUAGAAGGGAGCCUGCUGUUGCUAAUGACUAUGAGUUGCCCUUGAGAGUUGGUCGGAUUUUCAGAUGGGUGAAAUGGGUUGGCCUGUGAAUGACAUGGGUUUUGUUGGCUGGACCUUCUUUAGUCUAUCGAAUGUGAAUGUUGUCAACUGCACAAGAUACCACCCCGUGUCUAGAUUCACAUUUUGUUGGGCUGAAUGAUGGAUAGUAUAGUUGAUCAUGUUACAUCGUUUAUUUGUGUACAUUGAAGUUUCGCAAGGGGUCUAUUUGUGUUAUAAUUUAUUAGAUUAACCUUGUAUCUAGUUUUGAUUCAUUCAAAAUCUCCAGGUGGAGUUUUUUUCCUUGCUUUAAGGCAAGCUUUGACAAAUCAUCCUGGUUAUGUAUAUAUAUGAAUACAUUAUUAUUCCUUCGCAAUCGGGACUGGAAAGUUUUUUGUUUAUUUGUUCGUUCCACCUACUAGCUUUGGCACGUAGCUGUUGUAUUAUAGUUGCCGAUAUGCGUGGAUUCUAGAUUUUGUUUUGAUACUUCUGUUGAUUAUCAAAACUGCUGAAGAUAAUAAAAAAACUCUAAUUUAUCAAUGUUGUGGAUCUCAUAGUUGUACUUAUGUUCAACGAAAUGAGAAAUAUACUAAAUUUGUUAUUAAAAUUAUGAGUACUGGUUGAUCUAGGGAGGAUUUGAAAGAGAUUAUAUUUAACUUAUUCAAUUUUAUUAAAAUAAUUUGACUUUUGUAAGAUGUUUAAAUUUUAUUAUUUAAGUUCGUGAGAUAAGAAUAUAUUAAAUAAUCAUUUAAGUUGUUUUGUAAAAAUACAUAACUUUUUCAUUUUAGCUCUUGUUUUGUAAUUUUGAGAACUAAAAUGAUCAUUAUUAGAUAAUUUUAAGGAUUAAAAUGAAAUUUUGUAUCUUAAAAAUUUAAAUUGACCAUUGCUCUUAAUUUUAAAAACUAAUUUAGUGUAUUACUUGUAAUUAAUGAAAUCUUGGAAUUAUUGUAAACAACCUUUUAUUUCCCUUGAUUCCUUGAAAUUCCUCCUAUUUCCUAUUUCCUUAGCAAGCUCCAAAGCUCUACUUAAACGAAAGAGCAAGCUCCAAGUGAAAUAUGUAAAACCAAUUAUCCAAGUUCCCGAGGCAUGACAACCAUCUGAAACCUCUUCGUUAUGUAAAGCACCGAUAACAUUCAAGAAGUAAGUAAUUUUGACACUUCUUAGUUCUUUGAAGGCUAAGCACACGUCGUCUUCGUACUAAGUGCCUGAAAAUGACUUCAACUUCGCCUUUGUAAAAAAAAUAGGUAAAAUGAUUGCGGUAAGUCACUUCACUGAUUUUAUAUCCAUUUGGUUUUUCAUGCACAUAUCUGGAAGUCAUAAUGGAUUGAUACCUACAAAGUAUUGUAAUUGAUAUAUACAGUUAGACAUAAUAAGAAUACAGAUAUUACGCUAUAACGAAAUUUAAGUUGUUUUAUUAUCAUUUGAGGUAUCUGCAGUUUGACAUAAAAAUUUGAUACCUAUCAAACACAUAGGACUCUUCUUUGAAAGAUUUCAAUCGAUAGAUUGAACUUAAGAACGUAUACAAAAGUCGUGUGGGUAAUAUUAUUAUUACCACUAUUUAUGUAAGAUACGAUCCUCAAACGGAUGACGUAUACACUACGCGGAAGCAUUAACGUCUACCUAGUAAAUAAUAGGAGAAGAUUCACAUAACACCGACCAAUGCAGCAAACUGAUGUAAGAAGUGUAUUUUUAAAUGGUUAUAUUAUUAACUCUUGCGUAGGCUCUAUGACAUUAGGUUCCGUUUGUGAAAAAUGCACACUCCAAGUGAUUCAGUUAUCAAAUUUCCCAUAUAAAUUUGUGUAGGCUAUGGAGUCUUAUGGUAAAACGAUUAUCCAAUUUUUGAAAUUUAUUUUUGACCGUGGUUUAUGAAUCGGUAGGGUCAUUUUAGGGUAACUUUUGCUGUUUAACGUUAUUGAAUUAAUAGAUUAACCCAGUUUGCAAUUCACAAUUCCUCCUUUCAAUCUCAAUUGGUGUGGAAAAAUGUUUACUUUGCAAUAUGAUACGAUAAAAAAACCCAUAGGAGUUCUGUAAAAUAUCCUAAACCUACUAUAUCGAAGAGUGGAUACGUCUUUUUGGUUCAAUUAUCCAUGGAAAUAUAAGCAAGAUAUGUUAAUGAAACAUUUAAUCGAGAGUUCAGAUGAAGAUCAGUUUAGAUUGGCCUAAUAAUUUCACAUAUCUUAGACGUUAAUAUUGAUCGACCAUGAAACUCAUUAUAAAGGUUUCAUAUGAACUUUUAUUUAAACUUCAUGACUCUAGUCAAGUUUGUUCCAAACAUCGCAGUCUUUUGUCUCUCUUUCUUCUGGUGUUUUUGGUCUCUUUUUUUUUUUUUUUUUUGCUUUCUCAAGUACUCUCCUUUAAUAACACGUUUGAGACCUUUCUUCAGUACUUAAUCUUGAUCAAUACAAACGCUGUUUCUCAAAUACUCCUUUAAUUGCUUUUUACUAUUAUAUUAUUAUGAAAUAGGACCCUUCAAUUAUUGAUCCUUACACAUUUCCGCUACUUCCUCAUUCUCUCUCAAAGCUUCUUCCAAUACUUCGAAAUUUUUUUGGAGUUACACCAACAUCUCCUAAUUAAUAAUCAAUUACAACAUUAUUUAAUAAAUUCGUACUAAACAACUGCAUAAUCAAGAUUCCAGAAAAGAAAACUUGUAUUAUCACAAGCUAUGAAUUUCAUGAUGCAGACGAGAAAAAAAAACGGUGGUCAACAGUAGCGACUGCGCGCAGUUGCUUUGAGACAGCCACGCAUGUGCAUGCUCACGUUUAACAUUAAAAUCCUUGAUUUGUAUCAUGAUAUAAGUAUGAUAUACGUUAUAAAAUAUUUUUUUGGUUAGACAUAUCCACAUGCAAAUUUCAAGAUAUAAAUAAAUACCUUGCAGAGAGGAAGUGCUAUUUUGUAAUAUAUAUACAUAUCUGACUUCUUGAUUCCUUAUUGUAUGCGACUUUUUCAAUUAAAAUAGAGAAGGUCAAUUA